CAAUCCUCUUCCCAACCGCUUAUUCUUCUCCAGCGUUCUUUUUUUUUUUCUUCUCCCUCCACCAUGGGUCGCACUGUCGACCAGGAAGUCCACGCCGCGUUCGUCGAGUUCCGCGCCAAGGAAGACGAUAAGUGUCUUUCCGUCCAGUGUAUCUACUGCCAGCAGAUCCGGGCAAAGAACACCUCCCGUCAGAAGCAGCACCUGCUCGAGUGUCCCGGCCUGCGCGGCCACAACGCCCCCCCCCAGCCGCAGGCUCCUUCUGCCCAGGCGGGCCCGAAUGGCAUCGGCGCUGCCAACGGCUAUCCUGCCACGCCGAAUGGGCCGACAGCCACCGCGCCCGGGGCAGGCCCGGGCCCAGGGCCGGGCAGCAUCGCGGCCACCAACGGGGCCGCCAUGAUGGCCAACGGCGUCAACCCGCACGGCACCCCGAUGCAAACCUCGCUGCAGAGCCUGCAGAACCGUCCCUCACUGCCUGCCUCCGCGGGGCCCGGUGCUCCCGGGGGGAGUGCCAACGCCAUGAACCGCCAGCCCGCGCGCCAGACCCCCAAGCCCAAGCCGAAACCGAGUAAUUCCAGCCUACCGGCGCCGCCGCUCGAUGAUGUCCAUGCUGCGUUUGUCGAGUUCCGCGCCAAGGAGGAUGACAAGUGUCUCUCUGUUCAAUGCAUCUACUGCCAACAGGUCCGCGCCAAGAACACCAGCCGUCAGCGACAGCACCUCCUCGAAUGUCCAACCUACCUGAGCGUAAUGAAGGACUCAAUCCCUGCGAACAACCUGUUGCACACCUUCCCCGAGGGCGAGGUGGCGCGCUCGCUACAGAUCCCCGCCCCCUCGCUGGAACUGGAUUUCCGCAUGAGCAUCAAAUUGAACCCUAAGGUCUCGGCGGGCGUGAGCAUCUGGGGGCAGCGCGACUGGGUGACCUUUGUGGGGGGGCAGUGGGCCGGUCGAUGGGGGAAGGGGGUUGUUUUGCCCGGUGGCCAAGAUUCGCAGGUCAUCAUCAAGGAAUACGUCACGGGUCUCCGAGCGAGCUACAUGCUGCAGACCAACGACGAACCUCCGGCGUACAUCAUCGUCAAGACCCAGGGCUGGCUGACGGGGGCCAAGGACGUGUUGGAAAAAGUCAACGACGCCGGUGUCGCCGACUCGGUCAACCCCAACUCGUACAAGUACCGCGUCAACCUGUCCAUGGAGACGGGUGACGAGCGCUACGCCUUUCUGAAUACCCUGAUGUGGAUUGGGAGUGGCUGUCGCCGGUCCCACGAGGUCAUUUUCGAUGCCUUCCGCGUCAACUAAUCUUUUCUGUCGUUAUAUUGAGCGAGUGAUUUUCUUUGUGGCGGGAAAAAGGGGGAUUGUUUUU